AUGGAAGAUCUUGACGAGAAAUUUGAUUUACCGGAUUGGAAAUUGAUCGGUAAGCCGAAUAUUUUUGUAUAACUGCCUUUUGAUGAUAUAACGAUUUACAUUAAUAUUCUCUUUAGAUGAAAUAAGUAUUCCUUUACUGGAAAAAGGAAUUGGGACCUAUGAUAUCCUUCAGAGCGCUUUGGCUUCGGUAGUGUUUUGUAAAGCAGAUAUUAAAGUAAGUUAAUUUUCUUCUAAAAAUUGGUAUUAUACUAGAUAUCAUGUAUGAUCAAUAUUUCAGGAUGAGAACUGGACUAACGCCAGACUCCUGAAGAUGUUCCGGAUAGCUCAAUUACAACUUCUCUACAUCCUGCAGAGCCAAAAUGAACUGGUGAAAAAGCUGACUUUAGAAAAAGAGAAAUGCAAAAAAGUUUACAAAGAGAAUGACUUCUUCAAGAAGAGUUUAACGGAACAAGAAACGGCCAGAGAUUUGUUCAGAGUGGGUCUAUUACUACUUAUUCUAUUUGCGUAUUUUAGUGUCAGGAAUGUUCGAAGAUCUUCCUCCAUUCCUCCUUCCUUCUCGAUCAUAUUCAUCGAAAACAUGGCUCGCAUUAUGAUGAGCACCAUCAUAAUCAAAGUAAUGGCCAUUUAUCAGUACCUCAUUCCCCGAAACAACUCUCUUCUGCUUCUUCAAAUACUUCGGUUUGGCGAUGA